AUCUUGAAAGAAUUGAUUCUUUGAAUCCAUCAACAAUGACAAUAACACUUCAGGCUUCUCUCAUCUGCAAGCCCUCAAUCCACCAAUUAAACCCUCUUCUUGUCUCUCUAAAACCAUGUCUUUCCUAUUCAUCCCCUCAAUCUUCUUUUCCUAGAAGGUUAAGCGCCAAUUCCUUCCCCUUCAAGUCAAGAUUUUUGCGGCAUCGUUCCUGCUGUACAUUGAAUCCUGAAGAUUUAACCUCACCCACUGAAUCGACUAGUGGUGAUUCUUUCAGCGAAAGCACGGAAAUAGCCGAGCUAAGUAGCGGGCCUGUGCUCAAUGAGACCUCCGGCGAGGUGAAGAAUGGGGAUGUCAAGGAAAGGCUGCCGAUUAUGGUGUUUCUUGUGGGAGUUUUCGCCAGGUUGAGAGAGGGCUUUGAGAAGUUUCUUUAUUCGGAUUGGUUCAGUUGGUGGCCGUUUUGGAGGCAGGAGAAGCGGUUGGAGAGGUUGAUUGCGGAGGCUGAUGCCAAUCCCAAGGAUGCUGCCAAGCAGAGCGCUCUUCUUGCGGAGCUCAAUAAGCACAGUCCGGAGUCUGUCAUCCAGCGUUUCGAACAGAGGGUGCAUGCCGUAGACAGCAGGGGAGUGGUGGAAUAUCUCCGAGCACUAGUUUCCACUAAUGCAAUUUCUGAGUACUUGCCCGAUGAGCAAUCUGGAAAACCUUCUAGUCUUCCUUCUCUGCUGCAAGAGCUCAAACAGCGAGCUUCAGAGAAUGAUGAAGAGCCUUUUGCUAACCCUGGGGUGUCUGAGAAACAGCCGUUACAUGUUGUGAUGGUGGACCCAAAAUUGUCAAGUAGAUCAUCCCGUUUUGCACAAGAAGUUAUAUCAACUAUUGUGUUCACUGUUGCUGUUGGUCUUGUGUGGAUAAUGGGUGCAGCUGCACUUCAGAAAUAUAUUGGCGGCUUAGGUGGGAUAGGAAGUCCUGGAGUUGGUACUGGUUCUUCUUAUGCUCCAAAAGAGUUGAAUAAAGAAAUAAUGCCAGAGAAGGUAGUACUGUGGCAGAAUGUUAAGACAUUUAAAGACGUCAAAGGCUGUGAUGAUGCUAAACAAGAGCUUGAGGAGGUUGUUGAGUAUCUAAGAAAUCCUGCAAAGUUCACUCGACUAGGAGGGAAGUUACCUAAGGGAAUUCUUCUGACCGGAUCCCCUGGAACUGGGAAAACUCUUCUUGCCAAGGCUAUAGCUGGAGAGGCCGGGGUACCUUUCUUUUACAGAGCGGGCUCCGAGUUUGAAGAAAUGUUUGUAGGGGUUGGUGCUCGCCGUGUAAGAUCCCUGUUUCAGGCAGCCAAGAAGAAGGCUCCAUGCAUCAUAUUCAUUGAUGAGAUUGAUGCUGUUGGGUCUACACGCAAGCAGUGGGAAGGUCAUACAAAGAAAACACUACAUCAAUUACUUGUGGAAAUGGAUGGUUUUGAACAGAAUGAGGGAAUUAUUGUUAUGGCUGCAACGAAUUUGCCUGACAUACUUGAUCCAGCUUUAACAAGACCGGGUAGAUUUGACAGACAUAUUGUUGUACCUAGUCCAGAUGUUAAGGGUCGUGAAGAGAUAUUGGAGCUCUAUCUACAAGAUAAACCUUUGGGGAAUGAUGUUGAUGUAAACUCAAUUGCACGUGGUACCCCAGGAUUCAAUGGAGCAGAUCUUGCUAAUUUGGUAAAUAUUGCUGCCAUUAAAGCUGCUGUGGAAGGUGCUGAGAAGUUGACUGCAGCACAGUUAGAAUUUGCCAAAGACAGGAUAAUCAUGGGAACAGAAAGGAAGACAAUGUUUCUAUCAGAAGAUUCCAAGAAGCUUACUGCAUAUCAUGAGAGUGGCCAUGCUAUUGUCGCCUUGAACACUGAAGGUGCACAUCCAAUUCACAAAGCAACAAUUAUGCCAAGGGGAUCUGCUUUGGGCAUGGUCACCCAGCUUCCUUCUGAUGAUGAGACCUCAAUCAGCAAGAAGCAACUGCUGGCACGUCUUGAUGUUUGUAUGGGGGGAAGAGUGGCCGAAGAGCUUAUCUUUGGCAAGGAACAUAUAACUACUGGAGCAAGUAGUGAUCUUAACACAGCGACUGAGCUUGCUCAGUAUAUGGUAUCAUCCUGUGGGAUGAGUGAUGAAAUUGGACCAGUUCAUAUUAAGGAAAGACCUGGUUCAGAAAUGCAAUCUCGUAUUGAUGCAGAAGUUGUCAAACUAUUGAGGGAGGCUUAUAAUCGUGUAAAAGCCCUGCUGAAAAAGCAUGAGAAGGCAUUACAUGCUCUUGCAAAUGCACUUUUGGAGUACGAGACUCUUAACGCGGAAGAGAUAAAACGUAUACUUGUACCUUAUAGUGGAUCAGAGUUGUUUGUAGAGCAGGAGCAGCAGGUGGAGGCGGAGCUUGUAUUGGCUUAAGCCAGGAUGCAUCUCCAAAUGGGAGGGGUUUGUACAGGGUAUAUUUAGCUCAUUAGCAUUCAUCAUAAGUAAUCUAGCCAUUUUAAUCUCAUCCCAGAAUUUUUUUCUUUCUCGUUCAUGUUGGAUGAACCAUACGAAAUUGGAAGGUAGGUCAAUUACAUUGGAAAAUUGUGCCCUGUAUUUGGGAAAAUUUUGGCUACUUUUUAUAUGAAAAAUACAGGUUAGAAUACUGUGCUUUA